GUGCUAUGUGACGUCAGUGGGGUUCUCCUGCGUCAUUGAUAUUUGCGCAUGCGUACUUCGGCUAUCGUCCUACCAGCAGCAGAAACAAGAGGAGCAGCCCCCUUUUCCUCCAACAAGACUUCCCACUUAUGUAUGAGUGCAGUCAAGACAAGGGAAACCUCAUGCCACCUGUUCUGCAGCCACAUGCUUGUUCCUGUGGAGCACUGAAUACCUCCUUCUAAGACUAAGGAGCCAACUUGGAGUCUUUGGCAAUGGACAACCUAAUAGACUUCAACAUGUCAUCUGAGGCUACACCGAGAGACAACCCUUCGAGCCAUUCAGACAUUUUCUCCGCAGAGCCACUGUCCUCGAGGUUGGCUCUGCAGCCCUCACUCCCUGAACCCAUGGCCCCCACCAAGUCCAGCUCCCAUCACCAUUACAAAGAUGAGGAUGGAAAUGUGAGCGAUGCAACAGAGUCCGCAGACAGUGAGAAUGACAUGGACCCGGCCUCAACCGUGUGGGAACUAAGACGCUCGUCAUCGUCAUCCUCUCAUAGUGCUGAGGACAAUGAUGCUGAAGCAGUCGAGAGAAGGGAGUUCAUGAAGACGUAUGUGGAGAAAGUGUUUCAUGGAAGGCAGGAUUUGGACCAAGAAGAGAAAUCUCGUUUUGGAGAGCUGUGCAGCGGCGAAAACGGGAAAGGCAGAGAGUGGUUUGCUAAAUUUGUCAGUGCACAGCGCUGCCAAUCUAAAUGUGUGAGUGAAGGCACCUUCUACAGACUGGUCCAGUCUUUUGCUGUCGUAUUGUUUGAAUGUCACCAAAUGGAUGACUACAGCCCAGCCAAAAACCUAAUGACUAUGUGCUUUACAUACUACUAUAUAGGAAAGUCCCAGCCGUCUCCUGCAGAGCUCUUUGACCGUGGUGGUCCACCUGCUGGUCAGGACUCGUACCUAAACAAGGCCAACUCCUGGCUGUCUGAUAAGAAAGACGCUGCUGAGCGACUCCUCAAAAACUCAUCGAAGACUGACGUCAAAGGCUUUUUUGGAGGCCUUGAAAGCAAGUUGAGAAACUCAGUGACUCCGAAGACCGAGGAUGGUGAAAGUCAAUUUAAGACAAAAUCUAAUUUAUCAGUGUCUGAGGUUCCAGAGGAAACCAAAGGAGAAAAGGUGUACUUGUACACCCACCUGAAGCAGCAACCCAUCUGGCACACAUUGCGAUUCUGGAAUGCUGCAUUCUUUGAUGCAGUUCAUUGCGAGAGGAACAAAAGGUCACCAACUACAAGCAGGGGAACGCAAGAUGAAGACAAAGAUAAAAGGGAGAGGUGGUGUCACAUGACCCAGCAGGAAAGGGACGACCGCUCCAAAAUGGAUGAAAACAUUGCUUUUGGCCAGCUGGGGACGUUUACUCACAACAUGCUGGCAUUUGGGCUCAGUAAAAAACUGUGCAAAGAUUUUCUGAAGAAGCAGGCUGUCAUUGGAAACCUGAACAAAGAGCAGUACAAGUUGUUAACUGACCACAUUGAGAAGAUGGCGACAGAGUGAGGGUGAGGACAGCGUGUCGAAUUUCAUGGUCUCCAGCCUGAGCAUGAGCCGACUCAAAUCAAUGUCACGUGACCAAUUGAAAUACAACACACAUCACUGCAGGGGGGUCCUCGUUUGACAAAAUCCUGUGUUAUGAAUUUCCCUGUUUACCAACGCACUUUUUUGCAUUAUUAAAAUACCAUACAAAAAGGAAAAUAACUAGUUCCGGGCGCGUGGUGGAAGAGGAUGUACACGGAGUAAAUGCGUAGUCGCGCUUGCUAAAGGACAAAGGUUGAGAAAGGACAAUGUCACUUUUGUUCUUUUUGAUUGACCUUUUGACUUCAAUCUCCAGCAUGAGGCAGACCCUUCUGGGGGCAGUGUGUUUAAAAAUAAAAAGGAACGUCAUUUUUUUUUUUUUUUUAGAUAGGAUUACACACUAUUGACUCUUAGAUGACUCAUAAUUCAUCACAGGUUGUUACUUGCUUGCAUAAAUUAAAUUAACUUAAAAAAGACCCUAAUAUUUGGACACAGAUGCAAUUUUAGCGUCAGAAUGUCACGCAGGAACAUUUUUUAAAUGUUUUACGUGAAUAUAUGCUCAAAACUUGACCAAACUUGAUAACAGUUCUAUCUAAAGUGAAAUUUGCCAGUUGGUACACCAGUCGGAGUCGGACGUAUGCAUUGACCUGGUCACUGACCGUAUAACAACACACACCUUUCAGGUAACCAUGUUAAGGUAAAGGAGCAUCUAAGCUCAAACUAAAAUGGUGUGAUUUAAUUUGCGUAAUUACAUGAUUAAUGCAAGAUUUAUUUUUUUUGUGAUUAAUCACAAGUUGUUAUUUUUGACAGCCCUAGAAAUCAGACAUGCUUGGUUUAAAGUUAAAGUUAAAGUACCAAUGAUUGUCACACACUAGGUGUGGUGAAAUUCGUCCUCUGCAUUUGACCCAUCCCCUUGUUCACCCCCUGGGAGGUGAGGGGAGCAGUAGGCAGCAGCAGUGCCGAGCCCAGGAAUCAUUUUUGGUGAUUUAACCCCCAAUUCCAACCCUUGAUGCUGAGUGCCAAGCAGGGAGGUAAUGGGUCCCAUUUUUAUAGUCUUUGGUAUGACUCGGCCGGGGUUUGAACUCACAACCUACCGAUCUCAGGGCGGACACUCUAACCACUAGACUACUGAGUAGGUAAGCCAGAAAAAUGCCACAACCAUCAUAAAGUAUCUUUGGACAUGUGAAAGGAACUUCUAUUAUAAAAUAGUGUAGUGGACUCAUUUUUGAGACUUCCUCAAAUAAACCCGUCUCUCCGUCCAAGUAAGCAAGACAACCACAGGGGAAAAAGUAAGGAGUUGGCCUGCCUUUUUUUUUUAAUCACUAUUUAAUUCAGUUCUUGUAUAUAAUCUUUUUAUUACAAUGUUUCAAAUGUGCUUUAAUUAUUCUGCCUAGUGUGACUGAGUUAGUCGUAGGACUGGAACUCGUUCGUAGCGUGAGGACCACCUGUACAGUCAACUGUGCCAAAGUUGUAGCAAAGCUCAGUAGUGCUCUGAUACACACAUCAUCAUACUUCAUGUGUAAACUCACUGCUUUGCAAAGUGGAAAGAAUUUGUCUGCUGUAUAAAAAAAAAAACAUACCUGCAACGGCUAAGCUCACCAUAGACUAGAACCAUGCGCAGUAUGCAGUGAAAUAACGUUUUUACCUGCUCAAGAAAUGACUGAUUAUCUUUAUCCCCUCUCUGUGUACGACACUGUACAUCUUCUGUGUACUUUAAAGAGAAGACUGUACGUUUCAUUUUAAGUAGCAUUUAAAAUGGGGAAAGGUUUAAUCUGCAAACCAACCUCAAUGCUUAAGAAUAGACACAUUUAGAAGAUUGAAACUUGAUUAAUACUAUUCGGUAUCAAUACUGAUGGAGGAAAAUAAGGGUCUCAUUACAGUAUUUACUUCUUGACACGUGACUGUUGGCAACAGCAGGAGAUAAUUGUGUUUGAGAAGAGACUGAUGACGAAGUGGAGUACAAAACUGUCGAGGACAGAUCCUGCCCUACAUUAUUUUAAUUUUUAUUUAGAGCGGUACUGAGCAGCCGGUAGAGAUGUAUGCCGUACCACUUUCCAACUUUACACAUUUUUUUAACCUGUGUUAACAAUUCAUCUCGUGGGAUCACAAAUACAUUAGAGCAGGGGUGCCGAAAGUGGGGCCCGUGGGCCAAAUUUGGCCCGUUGAGUCAUUUUGUUUGGCCCGCCAAAGGAUGGGGACUUUAUUAAAUUUAUCUUUAGGUUAUUUUGUGUUUCACACUUACAAACCCCGUUUCCAUAUGAGUUGGGAAAUUGUGUUAGAUGUAAAUAUAAACGGAAUACAAUGAUUUGCAAAUCCUUUUCAACCCAUAUUCAAUUGAAUGCACUACAAAGACAAGAUAUUUGAUGUUCAAACUCAAACUUUAUUUUGUUUUGGCAAAUUAUAUUUAACUUAGAAUUUCAUGGCUGCAACACGUGCCAAAGUAGUUGGGAAAGGGCAUGUUCACCACUGUUUUACAUGGCCUUUCCUUUUAACAACACUCAGUAAACGUUUGGGAACUGAGGAGACACAUUUUUUAAGCUUCUCAGGUGGAAUUGUUUCCCAUUCUAGCUUGAUGUACAGCUUAAGUUGUUCAACAGUCCGGGGGUCUCCGUUGUGGUAUUUUAGGCUUCAUAAUGCGCCACACAUUUUCAAUGGGAGACAGGUCUGGACUACAGGCAGGCCAGUCUAGUACCCGCACUCUUUUACUAUAAAGCCACGUUGAUGUAAUACGUGGCUUGGCAUUGUCUUGCUGAAAUAAGCAGGGGCGUCCAUGGUAACGUUGCUUGGAUGGCACCAUAUGUUGCUCCAAAACCUGUAUGUACCUUUCAGCAUUAAUGGUGCCUUCACAGAUGUGUAAGUUACCCAUGUCUUGGGCACUAAUACACCCCCAUACCAUCACAGAUGCUGGCUUUUCAACUUUGCGCCGAUAACAAUCCGGAUGGUUCUUUUCCUCUUUGGUCCGGAGGACACAACGUCCACAGUUUCCAAAAACAAUUUGAAAUGUGGACUCGUCAGACCACAGAACACGUUUCCACUUUGUAUCAGUCCAUCUUAGAUGAGCUCAGGCCCAGCGAAGCCGACGGCAUUUCUGGGUGUUGUUGAUAAAUGGUUUUCACCUUGCAUAGGAGAGUUUUAACUUGUACUUACAGAUGU